CGAAGAUGACUACUCAAAGUAUUCUGCCUUUAACGAGACAGACAGUGGAAUGGGGGAUUCCUCGUCCUUUGCCAUUCGGUCGAAAGCCGGAACAGGAGCAUCGAAUUCUUUAGCCGAUGGGGAUUUUGACAACAGCCUUGUUGUCAAACAGCGCAACCAACAAGAGCGUGUAUUCACUCGGGAUGAAUUUCUGUAUGCACUAUCAUCUCCAUCCUCGAUUGGAGCAAUGGCUUGGAUUCUCUCUGCCUUUGUAGCUGUGCUUUACGGGUCUAGUGUUGUCGUACUGAUCAACUUUUGCAUCCCUCUUCUCUUGGGGCCUUUCGUGAUCAACGAACAAAUGUAUGCGCAAUUAGCGCCUUGUAAGUCUCGUCGACACUGAUCACUCAUUAGCAAUGAGUGAUUUAAUGUUACAAGCACUUUCUGCAGAACUUUCAAUUUUUCUCCUUAUCGAAUCUUUGUAUCAUUGAUUGCAAUCAUCUUUGUUUUUGUAAAAGCGGUUCGAAGAAACUAUCAUAAGAUUCGAGACGAAGCAAAUAAACUGGCAAUGAUAAAUGUUCGAUUGAAAGGAAAUCUGAGCAGACUCCAUCGCCAAGAAUACAGGUAUGCUAUGGUUAUCGAAUAAACAAGGUCGUGAUCGUGUUGGUUCUUUCACAAACAUCUAUUUUCAAUAGUGGCAUCUCAAUCGUUUGGUUUCUUUUUUGUUUUUGGUCUACACUCACAGGCUUUCCGCCGUUGAAGUACGUUUUGAACAUCUUUGCCAACGUAGUAACAAGGAUAUUACACAAAUGAAGCAUUUGGCAAAGAGGAAUGCCACCCUUCGACAAAAAUUGAAGGUAAGAAGAACCUACGAAGGAUUUUUGAAGGUAUUCUAUGUGCCUUGCGUCGUUCAAACAUUGGCUAUAUAACACUGGGGCAGACUCUCAAAUUCGAUUCUGUGUGCCCAAUUUCAGGCAAAUUUAGCUGCAAAGAAAAUUCAUAACCUUUUGACAACCAUGCUGGGGCUAGACUACAAUGGAAACUGCACUAUAAGCGAGAAACAAAUCGAUGAAAUUGCAAUGCUUAUGAAAGUGUUUGCUGGGAAAAAUGCCUAUUCAAAAUUCGACUUUCAUGAAAUUCACGAAGCAAUUGUGAAUUCCUUGGUGAAAAAUAAGAAAGUUAUUUUGAUUCCCCCUAGCAUUGAUGAUACCGAUAGUGAAACGAAGGAGUCAGAACGAGAAUAUAAUGAUGAACGUAGCAACGGCAAUUUUACUGAGGAACCAGAUUCUGUUCAACCUAGUUUCGAAGGAGAUGUCGAUGACAGCACUAAAGAGGAACAAUCAUUGAAUGCACCCACUGAUGAAUACGAAGACCCAUCUGUGAGGUCAGAUCCGAGCGGUCUUUUAGCCCCCGAGGAAUAUGCCCGCGACGAAGUCAGUGACGAAGUCUGUAACGAUGACUUCUCUGGCAUGGUUCAAAAAACAGUGACCAAUGGGACAAUGGAGGAACCCAUUGAUAUCGAGAAACUCGUUUUCAGCGACCACGAUGGUAUGGCCGAGUCCAACAACAUGUACCAGAAAUAAAAGGAGCAUGCUGUCACUACAUUUCUUUCAAGUGUAGAAGAAUAAUUGGAUAAAAUGACGGUCUUACCAAUGAGAUCAGUAGGCCUUGCCAAAGUCAUACUAAUGUCCAAUGUCUUGACAUCACACUUGGUUUGUUGCACCAUAUCUACUAGUAGUAAAAGAAGUCCUAAUUC